UGACAUCUGUUCUGUUAUGUCAAAAGUCAAAGCAAUGUUGCGCACGUUGUUUAUACUUUUAUAACCUAAUCUUCAUGAAAUAAUUACAAAGUUUCAGUGAGUUCCGUAUUAGUUUUGCUAACAUGGUUAAACGGAAUAUUAAGACCCCUAUUUCUGAGGACGUUGGAGUGUCUAAGAUCCUCAAUGAGAAUGGAAAACGAGCUGCAGAUGACGAACCUAAAGAUGCGCCAAAACGGGUUAGAACGAAGAGUUUAUAUCGACAACCCACAGUUAAUGAAUUAAAUAGAUUACAGGAGACAGAAAGUCUAUUCAACUCUAAUCUAUUUAGGCUACAAGUCGACGAAAUUAUCCAGGAAGUAAAAGUGAAAGAAAAAACAGAAAAGAAGUUUCAACAGUUUUUCACAGAGUUAAAAACUCAUUUACUAGCAAUACCUGAUGACGAUACCGAGUAUGACUUAUCAACGAAUACUCUUGCAAAAAAGCUUAAAUUAAAAAUCCCUGUGAAUGAGCAGUUGAUGACAACAAAAUGUGUAUUUCAGUUUCAUAAAUUUUCUGAUGUUGAAAUUAAAGGUUCAUAUGGGCUAGGAUGUUCAAUAAACUCCAAACUCAGAGUAGAUUUACAGAUAACUGUGCCAAGUGAAACAUACACAAAGAAUGACUCAAUAAACUAUAAAUAUCAUAAAAAAAGAGCUGCGUAUUUAGCAUGUAUUGCUUCACACUUAUCUAAGUUAGAUACAAUUGAAGAUCUGCAGUAUUCCUAUGUUAACAGUUGUGAAACAAAACCAGUCCUAGAUUUCAAACCUGUGGGUAAACUUGGCAACCACCUUUCAGUACGUAUUCACCUUGUUUGUGAGAGUGACGCAUACAAGCUAAAUCGGUUUAGCCCUGACCGCAACAACUUGCGAGAAGCAUGGUUGUUUAAAGAUGACUCUGAAAACAGUACUGAAAUUGGUCCUCCAACACCGUAUUACAACAGUAGUGUACUAGCAGACUUAACGGCUUCUACAAACCAAGAAUUUUUAAAUGAAUUCCUACCAAAAAGUGACAAUUUAAAACAGGCCGCAGUGUUGUUGAAAAUAUGGUUACGUCAAAGGAAUCUACCAGUAUCGGGAUAUGUUGUAUGUUUGUUAGUGGCAUAUUAUGUACAAAUCAAGAGAAUAAACAAUAUUAUGAGCAGCUAUCAAAUUGUGCGGAACAUUUGGAUUGCUUUAAAAGCAUCAGAACUCGACACAAAAGGCAUAUCACUCCACAAAGGUGACUCAGCGCCAUCUAUCGACGACUUCCAUAAACACUUCCCUGUAGUUUUCGUAGACAAGACUGGAUACUAUAACAUACUGUGGCAGAUGAACCGAGGAACUUAUUCUGCGUUGAAAAGGGAGUGUGCAUUGGCUGUGGAGAUGUUGGAUAAUGGGAAGAUCAAUAGCUUCCUACCGUUAUUCAUGACACCUGUCAGGCCUUUGAUGAAGUUUGAUCACCUGUUGAGAUUCAAAAACCUAUCACAGAUAAAAGAAUCAGUGUUAUCUAAGACCUCCAGGGAGUCUAAAGUGAACUAUGGUGUUGAACAGCUGAGCCUGGUAGCUGAUGUGCUGUAUACUCUGUUGGCUAAAGGACUGGGCAACAGAGUGGACUUAAUACAACCUAUCAUAGAGGAUGACUUUUCUUGGCCCAUAAAGAAGACCUUGGAUAAGGCAAGGGCUGGGGUAGACCCAAAAUUAUCAUUUGGCUUCAUACUCAACCCAGAAAAUGCUAUGAAUGUGGUGGAGAAAGGACCUCCCGCCAACCUGCCUGAAGCCGAACAGUUCAGGGCGUUCUGGGGCGACAAGUCUGAGCUCCGUCGCUUCCAGGAUGGCUCCAUAACGGAGACCUGCGUGUGGGAGGGGGAGGCCCAGGCUGAGAGGCGGACUGUUACCAAGCAGAUAGUCGACUACCUCAUGAAGCUUAAGUAUGGCAUCGCCCCCUCGCAGCUGUUCCAGGUGUCGUGGCAGCUGGAGGGGCUGCUGGCCCGGCGGGGGGCGGGCGCGGGCCCGGAGGAGGGCUCGCUGCGCGCGCUGCAGGCCUUCGACCUGCUGCGCCGCGACCUGCGCCAGCUCACGCAGCUGCCGCUCGAUAUCAGCGCUGUGUAUGGAGUGUCCCCAAUCUUCAGCUACAGCUGUCCAGUCCCGGCCCUGCCCCGCGCGGCGCCUCACAACCCCUGGAAGAGAGGCAACAGCUGCCUUGUCAAGGACAUCACCAGGGACGGGCUGCCUGUACUGCCGGAGUACACGCCCGUCUGCAAGGCGGUCGUGGAACUAGGUCACAGCGGCAAAUGGCCCGGCGAAAUCCACGCAUUCAGAUGUCUAAAGGCCGCCUUCCACCUUCAGAUAGCAGAAUCCCUGACCAAGCAAUACUCAUUACCAACACAAGCCUCACCUACACACAUAGACGUUUUAAAGAACGGGCUCGUAUUCCGGCUUGAGAUCGCGCACCCGAAAGAGAUAACGCUAUUGAGGAGGGAGAAGGAGAAUGGGGUUGUUAAGUAUAGAGAGAGUGAAGAGAGUGAGAGGCUUCAGAACGAGACUGUGCUGCUGCCGAAGUUGAGGGGGGCGCUGCACGGGUUACAUCAAAAGCACCCGUCGUUCGGCGCGACGUGUUGCCUGUUCAAGCGCUGGUUGUCCUCGCACCUGCUCUCCGACCCUCACUUCCCGUGCCUGGUGGCCGACCUGAUGGUGGCCGCCGUGUUCCUGCAGCCGCAGCCCUCCCAGCCACCAGCCUCGCCCACUGUUGGGCUAUACAGGGUGCUACGGUUGUUGACGGACUUUGAUUGGGCAAGAGAUGUCAUUGUACUGGACUUUAAUGAUGAUUUGACUCGUGAAGACAUAACAAAGCUAGAGCAGCAGUUCUCCCCGGAGUCCCCGGGCAGUCCCCGCAUAGUGUCGGCCUACGACCCCCCGGGGCUGGCGCGGCCGCGGCCCGACGCGCGGGUCCUGGCGCGCGCGCGGGCGCUGGCCGCCGCCACGCUGCGCUAUGUGGAGGGCAGUCUGCUCACGGAGUACAGGGACAACAUACUGCCUAUGUUCGUCCCCUCCCUGGCGGGCUACGACGUGCUCAUCCACCUUCACCGGCCGCUGGUCCCGCACUGCCUCGAGCGCGUGGACUCCCCUCCGCGGCUGCAGAAGCUUCCAGAAACACCCGGCCAUGAAGUCAUACCCGUCGUCGAGUUCCAUCCCGUCUUGAAGUACCUGGAAGAGCUGAGGAGCGCGUACAGUGAGUUCGCUUUGUUCUUCCACGACUUGUACGGAGGCGAGGUGAUAGCUGUGCUGUGGACACCUGACAUUAAGGAGGAUAGAGAGUUUCAGUUGACAAAUGCAACAGGUCUGAAGCCAAUACCAAGUAAGGGCGAGACUAAAUACCGCGUGAACGUGCAAGCUCUGAUAGAAGACUUCAGGAUACUAGGCCAAGGACUCGUCAAGGAUAUUACUGUUAACUAACAUAUUAAAUGUAAAAAUAAAUAUAGUUUAAGAAUA